GAGAAGGAGGCGCGAGGGCGAGUUGCGAGACGCGCGGAAUGCGCGGCGGAAGGAUGCAGUGGGAUCAUGGCCGUGGCCAUGGCCAUGGCUAUGGAUUCACGCUUCGAGACUACAAUCAGAGCGAACAUGGUUUGCAGCGAACGCUGCGUUGAUAGGGCCCACGCCGUGAGUCGGCCUUUCCCAUCCUUUCCGACACCUCAGCCGUCGAACAUCGUGUCCAGUGAGAUACAGCCCCAGCCGUGUGGUGGUGUGGAAGCCGAGGGCAUUGACGCUUAGAAAGUUGCCUUUCGUGAGUGCAAUUCCUUGCUGUGGUCCAGAUUGAGUUGCCCGCAUCUGGGACUUCAACCCCCGUCUCCUUCAUCCUCCUGGCGUUCGGUGCCUGGCCGUCUGCCUUACAAACCACGUCGCUCGCGUCGCGGUCCUGGUACCGACUCCCCGAUCCUCGUCUUCGGCAGACGGUCUAGUUUGCACACAUUUGCCCUUGACAAAACACCCUGGUUCUGGUUUGCUUGCCUUGAGUGGAGCGGGAGACGGCGCCGAGGGAGCGCGGAUCCCGGCCGUAAGUUGACGCUGCAGUUGUGGGUUAGUGGGGAGAGUUUUUUUUUUUUGGUAUGGCGCUAGAUGGCGACGGGGUUGCGCGUGUUCCUGAGUGGGGAGGAUAACUAAAUUCGAUAUGGGCAUUACAGUUCCUGGCACCAGCUGGGUAGGGGAAAAUUCCGCGUGUUGGGUUCGGGUGUGUGGCCAGGCUUCAGUGUGAUACCGGCAAGAGGCUCUUUUUUCUCCGUCACUCGCGUUAAUUUUUAGUUUUUUAGAUUUGAUUUUAUUGUGUUUUUAAUACUUUUGUUGCGGAGAGGUGGCUUGUUGAGCAAGCUGUGUCUUUUCUCGUACAGGUAUCCGUCAUCUGCUUUGUCCAUAGCGUUGCUCCCGGUCUAUUUUAGGGUUGGAGUAUUUGUCCACAGGAUUGAGGGGGAGACGGAGAGAGUGAGAGACUCGGUGUUUUUUGAGUUAGAGUCAAUAUGUUCAGCGUAGUGUCACCUGUGGAGAUCGGAUUUUGCGAUUUUUGCUUCAGCAGGCGUGUGGCGGGAAUUCCUUUGUGGGCGAACUUGCUAUGAGAAGACGUGACCUGCUCACUAGAAGAUUAUCUGUAAGAGUAUUGCGGUGAUCGGUAGUUGUAUGGGUUAGUACGGGAUCGUGAUUAGAAAUGGGUAGCGAGACACCUUGGCCCUCAGUUGAAACGCAUGAUAAUGCAGGGAAACUUGCGCUGGCAGCCGGCAUAGCUUCUGCAAACCCUGCACCACAAAUGGAUGCUCCCCCUCAGAGCUCUGGGCCUCCGCCCUUUCUCAUCAAGACUUAUGAAAUGGUCGAAGUUUCUGCUACGGAUGCCAUUGUGUCGUGGAGUGAGGUCGGCAACAGCUUUGUCGUUUGGAAUCCUCCGGAAUUUGCACAGGAUUUGUUGCCCAAGUACUUCAAGCACAACAAUUUUUCCAGCUUCGUCCGGCAGCUCAACACUUACGGUUUCCGUAAAGUUGACCCGGAUCGCUGGGAGUUUGCCAAUGAAGGGUUUAUGCGUGGAAAGCGAGACAUGCUUAGGAGCAUUCGUCGUAGGAAGCCUGCAGUUCACACACAGCAGCAGCAAGGUUCAUGUGUGGAAGUCGGAAAGCUUGGACUCGAAGGGGAGAUCGAGCGGCUGAAAAGAGAUAAAAACGUUCUGAUGUUGGAGCUGGUUAGGCUGCGACAGCAGCAGCAGAGCACCGAGAGGGAGCUUCAGGUCAUGACCCAGCGUUUCCAUGUGUCGGAGCAUCGGCAACAAAGAAUGAUUAGCUUUCUUACGAAAGCCAUGCAAAACCCUUCUUUCUUUGCUCAAUUUGUGUCGCAGCAAAACGAAAACAACCAAGUGGUGCGUAAGAAACGACGACUUCCAAUCCACGAGUAUGGCGACAUGCAUGAAUCCAUGAGCCCGGAGUCAUCCAUUGAAAACCAGAUGGUUGCCUUCCAGCCCUCUGAACUUGGAGAAGCUGGAGCACGUGCUAGGGUUAUUGAGAUGUUUCGCUCUUCUGAUUCUCAGCCCGCUACUGAGAGCAGUCGCUUUGAGGGUCUGGUUCGGGAGGCUGACACUUCUCCCAACAGUGGAGAUAGCAACAUGUUGAAUCGACAACCCAGAGCCACUCUUGAACUUAAUACCAAACUUUCGGGUAUUUUCUCUAGUGCGCCUAUUGUGACUGAUGUGAGCGCAAAUGAAUCACUGGAGGCGCCACCCACAUCUCCUCAAACCUUCGACAUGGCAAGAGUAUUAAGCGGCAGUAGAUCUGAACGGCGUGACAGUGGUGAUUCUCAUGAACCGGAAGGGAACAGAGGCACGGCGACCCAUGAAGCAGAGGUGCAGAGCGCACGCACAGACACAGCUGCGCACAAUUCUGGUUUCUGGGAGCAAUUUCUGACAGAAGACCCCCAACCUGUCACCCGUGCCGAAAUCGAUCUUGAGCGUGAGCCAGAAUCAGAGACAGAGGAUACGCCGCAGGAUGACGAGAAUGCGCUGCAAAAUAGUUUUGAUAGACCAUGCGUGGAAUUCUUAUCUCAUCAAAUGGGACAACUAGCACCUGGGUAGGUGAUCUUGGAAAGGAUGCCGACAGCGAAGCUGCAAUCAUCUGAUGCAGGUUCUCAGUUGAGGGGAUUGUUGUCCAGUGCUGUUGUAGCUUCUUCCUUAGACUAAACACUUGGAGAGUAGCUCCGCUUCCUAAUUCUCCUUCUCCAUAUGUGCUCUUCAGUCUGCGCCAUUAGCUUGGGUCCUCAUACUGAUUCUGAGCUCUGCACAGCCCACCUAAUGCUCAUCAUGAAGCCAUCCAUAUAUAUACAUAUGUAUAGGUGUACAUAUGAUGAUGAGAGUAAUAAGCAUCUUUGAUAUGAAUCUUCAAAUCGUUACCUAUCUCUGGAUCUUUGCCGGAGGAAGCAAACAAACUAGCACAGAAUGUUAUUUCUACAUGGAACAAAAUUCUGGGCAAUGGGCGAGGAGUAGCAGCAAAGAGGUCUGACUGUUUACGGAAAACCCGGCAACUGAUCAGGUGUUUCAUUAAAAAGCCUCUUUUCCUA